CGCGCUAGCACCUAUUAGGAAGUGCCAUAUCUGAGAGAGUGUCAUCCCUAGGCACUUUUUUUUGGGAAAAUACUUGGCAAAAACAAUAAUUUAAUCUAAACAAUAAUAUGGAAAGGGAUUUUCUAAAUUGGGUGUUGCCAUAGAGGACAUAUAACUUGAACAUCACGGAUAACAGACGAAGUGCAAAAUCAUCGCCUUCCUGAAAUUGACGCGUGUUAAAUGCAAACAAGAAAAUUCCAACACAGACCUUGAGUGCCAACACAGACACAGGCACACCUGCCCCGCACAUACAUACACACAAAACGUCAAAGGGUCGAAAGCUAGGGGUGCACCGAACCGAUCCCUGUUUUUUGCACAGGAAGUGAGUUUUAAGUAUUCAGCAGCAGGAUCUUCAGCUGCACCCGCCGCCAAGAUGGUAAAUGUGCCCCCUCUGUUGUGCAGCACGCCCCCACCAAUCGACUUUGGUGAGGAGGAUGACGAUUCCGGUUUGCAGUCCACCAUGCCUCUCGAAGAUGGUGACGAGUUCCCUGAGUUUGGCUUAGUCAGCACCGAGAAAGAACCACCUUCGUCACUGGACUCUGCGGUCGAGUUCCCCGAGAAGCCGCCGGAUUACCUCCAGGAAAUGAAAACAGAUAGCACCGUGGAGGCGUUCAAUUACCAAGUCAAACAGUCGCCUGGAGACUUUGAUGUUUACAGCGAAAUGGCGCCGCCCACGCCUCCACCUUUCAAUGUCGAGACAGAGGAAGAAAAUCAGCCCAGAGAUGGAGAAACAGAACAUGAGCUAGAUCUGGAAGGGGAGGUUCCCUCCUUGAAACUGGAUAGCCUAAGCCUAUACUCAACGGAGAGCGGUUCCGCCGCCUCCACUCUGUCGCCUGCCCUUGUCGAUGACGAAACAGAGCUCGAGGCAGUGCAUCCAGUGAUGCCAAUAACCAAAGCAAAUGUCCUAAGCCAUCAAGUCACGCUGGAGGAUGUUACCGAUGACAGCGACGAGGAGUGCUCGCCAAAGAAGCCCAAAGAAUUAUUUAUACGCGAGGGAGCCGAGGACUUUUUUGCCAUUGAAGUAGUGGCCAUAAAUGGGGAGCCCGAGGACCUCCAAAAAAAGAGUUCAGGGGACGCCGAGACAAGUGUUUCUAGACUAAGCCAUACUGUCGAUAGUCCAAAGCAGUCUAACGAACGGGAUGAUAUUAGCAAAACAUUUGAAAGACAGCCGGAAAAGUCCGCCGACAAUACGCUUUUUCGGUUCUCUGACUCGCACGCAGAUUCAAAGGAAUCGCCUUUGCAGCAAAUUACGUCAGAAGCUGAUGCAGAGAAUUCGGAAGCAGACGAGUUCGAUGACUUCGCGGAGUUCGCAGAAUUUUCCAAUGGCGAAGUUCAAGACCCUUUUACACAAUCGGCGCCAAUUACAUCCUUGCCGAGUGAAGUUCCUGUGCUGGAACCUCCAAGCCAACAAAUUUUACCACAAGACGCUGCCGAUGACGGCUUUGAUGACUUUCAGGAGUUUGCUUCUUCGGUGUCGCCUCCAUCACCUCCUACUCAAGCUAUUCCAGCUACUCAAAACCAAAUCAAGGACAACACGGAAGACGAUGACGACGAUUUCGGUGACUUCUCCGAACCCGUUGUGUGUCCAAUCGCAGUACCUCCGCCCCCGCCGCCAGCAGCAGUCCACCUCAGUAUCGAUGAGCGGGUGAAGCCCGUGCUGGAUUCCAUGUUUCCCAGGGACAAGGCGGCAGUUCAAGAAAAAACCAGCUCGGACAACCAAAGACCACUGGGACAGUGUCAGAGAUUCAAUUUCGGUGCCAUUGAGCAGGCCAGGGCGCUCGACUACCAAUGGAGCAGCUCGGAAAUGAGGCACGCCCUCGUGAGAUCCCUUGGCAUCGAUUCAAGAAACAUACUCUUUGGCGAAAAGUGGAACUCGUCAAUGCCGCGGUUUGCAGCCAACCUGAGCUUCGAUCCCCUGAAGCCGCUGAAGCCCUUAACGCCCUCCAAUGCCACCGCACUGAAGCCGGACACUGUCUCCAAUCCCCUCCACAGCUUUCCAGAAUCACAUGUACAGACUUUACAAUUGGAACAACUAGACCAACUAACGGUGGUGGCUAAUGCUGAUAAAAUAAAUCUUGUUACCUCUAACUCCCACACCAAAAACAACAAUACCUGCGAUGACAACGACGACGUUGCUGCCACUCCGUUUGCUCAACUGGAUGAAAAAUCACCGAAACCGAAACCGCCUGUGAUGGAUCUGACGCCUGAAAACAAUCAAUCCAAACAAAACCAACUGACAAUCGAUUUGCACCACUCUGCCACAACCACCCCACAUUUUGCAACCACCUGCAAAAACAACAACAACAACAAUAAUAACUAUAAUAAUCGUACUAACAAUCAUUCAAAUACUGCAACUAUACCAAUUGACACUAACCCCACUGCUCACGACGCCUCCUUGCUGGAAUUUAGCCUGGAAACAGCAGCAGGCGCAUCCCAAACGGGCCAAGCUGAAGCGCGGACUGGCCCGGCUAAUGGGGAAGGCUUCCCCGGCGGCGCCUUCUCCCUCAACAGCGCGGGUUCUGGCUUCUCCGGUUGUGAUGAACGCGUCCUGCCGAGUCUUGCCACAGGAUACGAACCGAAGCACCCUACUGAGUCCUCAGCAACAACACCAGCAGCAGUUGCUGCUGCAGCAACAGCGGCACUACCGGCUGCUCUACCAGCAGACAGCCCUGCCCACCAGCUCAACGGUGGUGAGCAGCUGCAUCAGCAGCAGUCGGAGUCGGAGCAGCUUAAUUUGAGAGCCACUAGCUCACCCCUGCCCCCGGAGGAGAUCAUGGGCGGUUCGGUGGCCAGCUACGCAGUGCCGCUGAAGGAGACCCACAUCUACACUCCCUCGAAGUCGGACACUGCAGUGGCUAAGACCACUAUGGCGCCCAUUGACUUUGACUACGAGAUGGCAGCCACGGGCAUUAAGAUCGACGAGACCGUGGUGAAGAAGGAGUACCGCGAUGUGGAGUACAAGCCUCCGUUCAGUUUGGAUUCGCCCAGCAAGGUCCCUGCCAGUUUUGAGUUGCCCCCUCCCGACCAGAAGCCAGAGGACGACGACUUCAGUGAUUUUCAAUCGAUGCCGGCCCCCAAGUCGAAGAUGGAGGCACCCUCUUUUGGGGAGCAAAUGAUCCUCAGUCCUGCCAUUCUGUUGCCCCAAGCCAUUCCGCUGGCCAAGAAACCCGCAGCAGCUACCUCGAUAGAGUGGGGCGACAGUGCCUUGGCCAGCAUAAACGCGGAGGAGAUGGCUCGGAUAGAGGAGCUCUUUUCUAACCAAAAAAAGACCCCGACAAUAAGCGCCUCGGUGGCGAAGAAGCCCCCGGCUCCAACUCAACAACCUCCAACUGUAAGUCAGGAUCCAGUGCCGGCACCCAGUACCAAUACCAUCGUUUCCAACCAGGAGGAAGACGAGUGGUCGGACUUUGUGUCCGUCCCAGUUCCUGCAACGGCUGCUCCUGGUCCUGCUCCGAGCAACAACAACAAUUUUACCAGCGUGAUCUCAUCAAACAAACCAGCUUCCAAGGACGACGAGUGGUCCGAUUUUGUAAGCAGCAGCCUGCCAGCUCCUCCGGCACCUCAGUUCAACUCCGGGGCAUGGCAGAGCGCCAACUUCUACAACAAUCCUCUGAGCCUGUACCAGCAACAGCAGCAGCAGCAACAUAGCAAUCUGAUUCCUGGGAGAAACAACAACAAUUGUGCGCCAUCCUUGCCACAGCAGAUCCACAUCAUGCAUGACUUCUCCACGGCACCUGUGUCCGGCGGCUUGACGGGCGGUGGCAUCACCUAUCAGCAGCAGCACCAGCGCCAGCAGUUCCAGAUUGGCAAUGCGAAGGUGGCCCCUCGGAUCUCCCUGAUACCCGAUCUCAGUUUCGUGGCUCCGGCUCUGCCCACGAAUGCCGGAGCGUUCAUGGGCGUGCUGCCAAAGCCGAGUUUCGGGGGAGGAGGGAAGAAAUGACACAAGAAGAAGCACCAACUUGCGAGUGGAACACGCCUCCUGGGCGGUGGAGGAGGGGGCAGCGAGGCCUCCGUUCUCACAUAGGGAGGAGUUACGGGCGUUAGGUCAAGGAAGGACAGUCAGUAUUAUGAAUCCGUCUGAUAUUUACCGUAAAACCGUCACAUAAAGAACACGCGUAGUUGCUGCAAGCUGUGUUUCAAGUUGUUGUUGUUGAAUUUUAUGACAUCGUUGUUGUUGGAGUGCAUGUUGUUGUUUUAGAUAUUGGCUUAAAAAUUAGAAGGCAGAAAGACUUGGUGCAAUAUUUUAAUCGAGAUGUAUUUUAUAGUUGUUACUCACAUCCAUCAGAAUGCUGUAACAAUUAAAGUUCUGUCCCCAUGUUUUGUUUUUGAAACUGCUCUACCCUUCUGACUUUUUCUUCCAAUCCUGUAUACACUUAAGUAUUUCUCACGGGCUAAAUUGUAUUGCUUAAGCAUUUAAAUGUACUUCGAAAAUAUUCCUGAAAAGUGUCGAGAGAAUGACUGUUCAGGCGUCCCAGGCCCAUAGCAGUUACCAACCAAAUCCUAUUUUGAACCUCAAUGGCUGGGAAGUAAAAAAGUGCCACACCUAUCUUCAUCUUAAUACGAUUUUUAGACAUCCUUCAGUUUCCUUUUAGAGAGCCUUUAUACCGUUUUGGUCCAAGUCCCCAAUCACAUCGCCAGCAUCAAGUAGUUCAGCCUAAAGAUGACUCCCCAAAGUAGUCCCCAAAAUAAAAAUACUCCAAAGCGAAAGCGGGCCACCACUCCAAGGGAAACACUAACCCGCCUGAUGCGAUCUUUUCUAAACUGUGUACUUACUAGAGAAACUAACCCAGAUAGUAACUAUGUAAAUGUAUUUUAGUUUCGUCGUAGUCCUAGUAGAGGUAGUCCGGUGCAUUCCAGGUGUGCAAGUGUGAAUGAGCCGCGAACAUCAGCCCAUCCGCUCCAGUUCUUAGUAGACCCUUCUUUUCGUGUUAAUGUGUCUGAUUUAUUUAUUUUAUUUUAUGUUACGCACUUUAAGUUAAAUGUCUCUGCGUGUUGGCGUGUCUGUGUGAAUACGGAAGUAUAAACAAUUAUCAACUAAAGCUAAGUGUUUUGAUGUAAUCAUACAUAUGUUUUAGACUACUGUAAAUUACAAAUAGAUUUCCAUUUGUUUUGUUUUUUUUCGUUACGGAGAAAAGGAAAACGACCUUGUUUGUAAAUGGGCGCUUGAUUGAAAUUUUAAUAAACGAAUUGACUAUGUAAUAGAAAAUAAAAUAUGUGUUUACCAUAUGUAUAACUAAAGAUAUGCGCGAUUAAAAUAAACGUAUUUGAAAAAGAG